ACCAACGAGCUUUGGCACGAGGCUUUGUGUUCGUUUGCAGCUUAAGGAUCUUCACCACCAUUUCCGCAGAGCAUCUCUCGGCUUUUUCUUUCAGCACUAAAACUAUGCGUGUCGCUAUUCACAUGACGGAUGAGCGUCCAGCAACCCAAUUCCAAUUCCCGGCUUCUCAGUUACAUGCACUUCAACACGUUCCCUCCUGAGCUGUCUAGUAUGCAGAACCACUCACCCCCACCACCUGCUCCAUCAAUUGCCACAACAACAAAAAAACAACGCCAGACGACUCCACAAAGUCUCCUACUUCCUCACAAUCUUCGCCACAUAAUCCCACAUACAUCCACCAUUCUGAAACCGCAUAUAUUUGUCCUCAUUUCGCACCCACGUGAAUCCCGUGAGUUUGGUUUUUAACGGAUGAUUGGAAACCGGGUUGUAACGAUCAACUUUAACCGUUUGAUCGAUGGGACUGGGAUCGUGGAAACUAACCCCUGCAUUAUAGUCCCCUCAUUUUAGCGACUUGGCAGAAACAAGAACAAUGGCAGAAGCAACAAAGAGGUAUGCAGUUGUGACAGGGGCUAACAAAGGGGUUGGAUUUGGCACAGUUAAGCAGUUGGUUUCAAAUGGGAUCAUGGUGGUGUUAACUGCUAGAGAUGAGAAGAGGGGUCUUGAAGCUCUUGAAAAAUUGAAAGAGUUUGGCGUCUCCGACCGCGUGGUUUUUCAUCAGCUUGAUGUAACAAAUUCGGCUGACAUUGCUUCCCUUGCAGAUUUUGUGAAAACCCAAUUCGGGAAACUCGAUAUCUUGGUAAACAAUGCAGGAAUUAAUGGUAGCAUAGUAAACCCUGAAAGUUUUAGAUCAGCUGUAAUUGGUAAGAAGCCUGAUGAAAUCAAUUGGAGUGAAAUAUCGAUGACACCAAACUAUGAGUUAGCAGAAGAAUGCCUGAAAACAAACUACUAUGGUUCCAAAAGUGUGACUGAGGCGCUUUUGCCCCUCCUCCAGCUAUCUGAUUCGCCAAGAAUCAUUAAUGUUUCUUCCGGUGCUGCUAAGCUAAUGAAUUUUCCAAAUGGAUGGGCUAAAGAGGUACUUAGCGAUGCUGAAAGCCUUACAGAAGAGAGAAUAGAUGCUGUUUUGAGUGAGUUUUUGGAAGACUAUAAACAAGGCUUGCUAGAAACCAAAAGCUGGCCUCUUAUCUUCCCAGCUUAUAAAGUAUCGAAAGCAGCCCUGAACGCGUACACUAGGACUCUGGCCAAGAAGUAUCCAAAAUUCUGCGUCAACUGUGGCAGCCCUGGAUCAGUCAAAACAGAUAUGACCUUCAAUUAUGGCAUCUUAACCAUUGACGAAGGAGCUGAGAGCAUUGUCAGGUUGGCGCUACUCCCCAAUGGUGGUCCUACUGGCCUCUACUUUGUUCGGAAAGAAGUGACACCUUUUUGAACAUGUGUAGUUUAUGUUCAACGUAACAUGUGAACGAUGAUUGUGGAAUGUUUAUGUAAAAUGUAAGAUAUGAAGUUGAUGGAGUUAUGUUAUGUCAACAUUUAUUUAUAUGAUGAUUCUGCAGUACAGGUAAAAUUUCUUAUAGAUUUGUUCUUGUAGUUUUUUUACAUCUUCUAAGGUCCGGAAGUAAUGUUGAAAAACUUCCAAGUUGAUGAAUUUUUUCUCCUGGAUGCAAAAGCAUGAAGAAGUCUGAAAUUUUGACCCCAAAACUAGGAGGUUGCAAUGCAGACUAAUACAUGGAAACAAACAAAUAUGGUACCAACAAGGUGCUUACAGAGGCCCUCUCUGUGUUAAAUGAAGAAUAAGGCUUGAUAGUUUAUGUACAAGCUUUUGGAUUCACAAUGUGAGAAGACUAU